AUGGAUGAUUUAAGGGGGAACCUUGUAACAUACAAGCUUCAGUUGAAGCAAGUGAUUGCUGCUCUCCAAGAAGACCCUCAGAGUGAGGAAUUGAAUAAGUUGAAGAGUGAUCUUGAGGAGGUCAUAGCUUUGACAAAGGAUUUGGUAAAGGCCCAAAGUGGAGAACUUGUCCUUGAUGAUAGUGCUAAGAAAAAGGAAACAGAGAAUAAUGAAGCAGGAACAGCAGCAGGAGUUACUGAAGAAGAUGAUGAUGAAGAGAUACCAUUGGAGCCAAUUAAAGAUUGGAAAGUUGGUGACCGUUGUCGAGCCAUUUGGAGCCAGGAUGGACAGUACUAUGAAGCCAUCAUUGAUGAAAUAACAGAGGAUGGACAGUGUAUGGUGAAGUUUAUGGACUAUGGAAAUAUGGAAGUGCUGAGUCUGGUAUUGUUGAAGGAAUCCAAAGCACCUGGGAAGAGGGUUUUUGCUGAUGAGACCUCCAAGGUCCAGGGACCUCAGCACCCCAACAAGAUCAUCUCACAAAAGAAACAAAGAGAAUACCUCAAGCAAAAGAAGAUGAAGAAAUUGCAGAAAUACAAGGAACUUGAACAGGAAAGAGAAGCAGAAAAACAUAAAUGGCAGUCAUUUGCUUCAAAAGUGAAAACAGGGCACAAGCGAGGAGUAAUCAAGAAAUCCAUCUUUGCAUCGCCAGAAACUGUUCAAGGUAGAGUUGGUGUUGGAACAUGUGGGGUUUCGGGUAAAGGCAUGACGAACUUCCAUCAUGCGGAAAAAUGGAGGAAGGGAAUGUAG